UUUGUAAUUGUUCGAAGCAGUGCAGUGUCGGUGAAGUUAACCGUUUAGUUCCGCAAGUCAAGAUGUACAAGCGCGUUAGCUCGGUGGCGAUGUUGUGCCUUCUUUUCGGUGUCCUUGCCACACUGUCUCCUUUCGCAUCGGCCCUUCAGUGCUACCAGUGCACGAGUGACAGAAGCUGGAGCCACUGCCACUCCAAUGCCGUGACCGUAACCUGUGCCGGAAGUAGCUCGUUCGCGAUAAUGGGCCAGGAGAUCUUUCUGCCUCAGCAACGACAGCUCGAGCCAGCCUGCGUGGGCGUGUUCGCGGAAGGUACGAUUGGUGGUGUCAGGGGUGAAGCCUUUGUGAGGAGUUGUUUCUUCAACGACAAGAGCCUGUGUUCGACCCUUCAAGCAUCCUUGCCAGCCGGAUUUACCAUCAGGGACUGUGAUCUGUGUACCACCAAUCUCUGCAACAGUGCGAACCGAUAUUCGAUCGCUGUCUCGAGCUUAUUGCUGCUGGCGUUGGUGGCCUUUCUCUGGAAGUAAAGUGCUGGCGUAGCGAGUAAAAGGGUGUAAACUCAUGAAAUCCCCCCGAAAAAUAGUGUUUCACCAUGUGCCCAGAACGCGCUCCAUAUUGUUUCCUACUUUGUCAGAAUAGUGUUAUCAGAAAGCCGAUAAUGGUCGACCUAACAUAUGGAACUCAGAGCCACCACAUACCGAGAUAUUUGUAACGUGUAAUGUGUAUCAGCCGAACGGGCUGUGUUUCCUAACUAUAAUCAGCGCUGUCUUAUCGCUAAUCGAAAAUAAAAAGCAAACCUCUCUUCCAGCGGUAUCGGCAUUCCCAGAAAAUUGGUGGUUUUUGUGCUAUUAUCAUCAAACAUCGAUAACAAACGAUACAGCGGGUCUUUUCCGAAUGGCCAAACCAUUGUGUUCCAACCUUCGAGUAACUUAGCCAAUCCUUCAAGGCUUAAGCAGAUAGGAGGGCUACCGUCACCAGCGGUUCCGAGUGUUCGUUGCACUCGAGAUUGCGGAGCGAGAUACGGACCGUGUUAUCGAUCAAAAGUUGCAAAAUGGUUCUCAGUAAAAUCGGUGAGCACGGUCACUUCACUGGCUGGUACUCCAACGCAUCCAGC